AUGGCAUUCGAGGACACGGUGGUUUUUGGGGACACAGAGAGCCAGCCUACGACGUCGGACGAGACGGUGGUGGCCGGGGGGACGGUGGUGCUCAAGUGCCAGGUGGAGGAUCCCGACGAUUCCUCGCUGCAAUGGUCCAACCCCGCCCAGCAAACGCUGUACUUUGGGGAGAAAAGAGCCCUGCGCGAUAACCGCAUCCAACUGGAAAGAUCCACGCCCAACGAGCUGACCAUCAGCAUCAGCGACGUGGCGCUGGCCGACGAGGGCGAGUACACCUGCUCCAUCUUCACCAUGCCCGUGCGGACGGCCAAGGCGCUGGUCACCGUGCUGGGAAUCCCGCAGAAGCCGCAGAUGUUCGGCCACGAGCAGCCCAUCGACGAGGAGAAGGUGGCGCGGCUCUCGUGCCGCUCGUCCGGCAGCAAACCCGCGGCACAGCUGCGCUGGAGGAAGGGCAGCAGGGACAUCCCCGACUCUGUGACGGAGGUGGUGGAGGACCCCAACGGGAAGACGUUCACGGUGACCAGCCGGGUGGAGUUCCGUGUCACCAAGGAGGACAACGAGGCCGAGGUGACGUGCACGGUGGACCACGAGUCCCUGCACAACUCGGAGCGCUCCACCACGCACCGCCUGCAGGUCCACUACAAGCCGACAGCGCGGAUCGAGCCGCACCCGCAGUACCCGCGCGAGGGAGAGAAACUGCAGCUGCAGUGCGACGGACAGGGAAACCCCAUUCCCCAGGAGUUCCUGUGGGAGAAGGAAGGCGCCGAGGCCCCGCUCCAGCUGAGCUCCGACAGCGUCCUCAUCUUCCCGUUCCUCAACAAGAGUGACAGUGGCACCUACGUGUGCACGGCCACCAGCUCCAUGGGCAGCGUGGUGGCCAAGUACAACCUGGACGUCAGCGACGCCAGCCCGGUUCCCUCGACAUCCAGCACGUACCACGCGGUCAUCGGCGGCGUGGUGGCGGUCAUCGUGUUCCUGCUGCUCAGCCUGCUCAUCGUGCUCGGACAUUACCUGAUCCGGCACAAAGGGACGUACCUGACCCACGAGGCCAAAGGCUCGGACGACGCUCCGGACGCCGACACCGCCAUCAUCAACGCCGAGGGCGGCCAGGCCGGCGGCGACGACAAAAAAGAAUAUUUCAUCUAAAAAAAAAACCCCAAAAAACCCC